AUGGCCAACGCAAAGGUGCAGCUCAACCGUCUUAUCGCAGUACACUAUCAGCAUCCUAAUCUCAAUGCGAUCGACCGGUUUUUGGUAGACUUUGGCUUGGUAGCUGUUCAGCGCGAGGAGACCAGGACGUACUAUCGUGGCUUCGGGCCAGAGACUUAUGUUUACAUUGCCGAGAAGUCGCUAGAUGACAGGAAGCACUUUGUUGGAGGUAUUCUCGCAGUGGAGUCUGUAGACGACCUUCAUCGGGCCGCCCGAGUUGCCGGAGCAUCAAGCAUCGAGGAUUCUAAUUCACUCGGUGGAGGGCAACAGGUUGUGCUGACAGACCCAGUGGGAAUGAAAGUGACCUUGGUUCAUGGGGCGAAGACGAGGUCUGCCGCUGAAGUCAACGAGAAAGCGCCUGCGCCGAUCAUCCUCAAUUCGGGCACAGUAAAGGCACGGCAAACACUUCAUGCCUUUGAGCGCGGCCCCUGUCAGCUUGCCAAAUGUGGACAUUAUGGACUGCGAGUUGACUCUUCCAAGUUCGAUGAGGCAGUGAGCUGGUACAUGGACAUUUUCAACCUUAAGCUGUCGAGCUGUCUCCAACUAGCGGAUGGGAAGCCCGCUUUCAUGUUUUUACACAUCGACAAAGGCAAAGAAUUUGUCGAUCAUCAUACUAUCUUCCUAUCUCGAGCGAUGAAGCCACUCCCUAAGGCAACACCGCACCACUGUAGCUUCGAAUCCGAUAGCUUCGAUACUCAGCAGCUUGGUCACGACUGGCUACUGCAAACAGGUUGGACUAGUUGCUACGGCAUAGGCCGGCACAAAUAUGGAAGCCAUAUCUUCGAUUACUGGUUUGAUGCUUCUGGUAACAUUAUUGAGCACUACACGGAUGGUGAUCUUGUCAACUGCGACACUCCUCCAACAUACGAACAAGUUCAACCCGACUCGAUCAAGGUUUGGGGCCCGAGCAUCCCGCUGGCCUUCUUCACAGGGCGUCCUGAAGAUGCUAUAAAGCCUCAAUCAAAUGGCCCUGCUCUAACAUCACUGGAUCAUGUUAUUCGAGACGGUACCAUUCCAUCAUCUGCCCAAAAAAGGCCACUCUAUCAGGUCGAAACAAAAGCUGUGUCACAGGUCUCUACUUAG